CAAGUUUAAGGACAAUCAUUUCUUCAAAGUCAAAAAGGUGUGAAAAGAAAGAGUAUGAGGCCUGGCAAAAUAAUUUCAUUGGUUCAAGUAGCCAUAACGAGUCUUUUGUGCUUUGCAAUUCAUGCUGAAGGAUCCCCUACAAUCCUAAACUCAUCCUCUGGUUUCUUCAGUUAUCCAGUCCACUCCAUUCGGUAUCCCCCGGCGACAGAGGUCACGUGGUUAAUCAAGGUGGACGAAGGCAAGCAUAUUAAUCUAACACUUGAUGUAAGAGACGUUGAAGCGUAUCGAGGAAAAUGUAUUGAUAUUAUCGAGAUUAAGGAUGGAAAUAAUUCAAGAUCGCCACUUUUAGGUGGAUAUUGCAACUUGAAUAAACCAACGUAUAGCAUUUUAUCAAGCAGCAAUGCUUUGCGAGUGUGGUUUCAAUCUGCAAAAAACAGCGAUGGAGGCUUGGGAUUUAGGAUUUCUUACAAUACAGUGACGGAUCAAGUUUGUGGAAGUCUUGAUUGGCUGAAAUCAUUCCCAGGCACCAUUUCUACUCCUCGCUAUCCUGACCCGUACCCUAAUAACCGUAAAUGUACAUGGAAGAUUCGUGCUCCACGAGGGAUGUAUAUUCAUAUUGAAUUCCAUGAAGUAUAUAACCUGGAGGUCCUGUGUAGUUAUCAUAUAGAAAUGGAAUGCAUAUGCACAGACACUCUGGUUAUUAAAGAUGGUGGCAAAUCAUUGCCCUAUGCAUUAAAUGACGGGAAUUGCUUUGCAAAGCCACGUCCAUUCACUUCGAGAACAAAUGAAGUUUCUCUGAAGUUCGUUUCUGAUUAUUCUGGACGAUUUGAAGGAUUCAGUGCAACAUACACCACGUCCUUAACUAAAGAUUGUGGUGCAGACAUCUGGAAUGACCAUGGGCUCAUUACCAGUCCUAACUACCCUUACGAUUACCACUCAUACAAAACAUGUAUUUGGCGAAUCACAGUGCCAGAUGACCAUUACAUCAUCAUCACGUUUCAUGAAUUCGAUAUAAACAACGCAUCACGUUUCGCGUGUUUAAGAGAUAGCUUGGCAAUCCACGAUGGAUACACAGAAUACAACCCAUUACUAGCUAAAAUGUGUAAUGGCCACUACGUGAAUAAAGUGAACUCAACAGGAAACCAAGUAUACAUCGUGUUUCAAUCAGGCAUGAAUCUCAAAGCCAAAGGAUUUAAAGCAAACUUUGCUAGCCAUGAGAAAGAUAUGAUUUCAGGUGACGUGAAAAAAAGAGAACCGAGACACGAGGAGAUAAAAAAUUCAGGAGUUUUAAAGGAAAAGCCAAUCAAUACCGCAACAAAGAUGUACAAUUCAUGGAUGAUGAUAGCCUUACUGCUAGGAACCCUGGGGCAUAGCAUAUAACGAAGAUUGCACCAUAGUUGUUUGCACAAACAAGAAGAGAGAACGAAAGACCAAUCACCAGAAGUCCAGAACGUGGAUUAGUAACUCAGAGUAGUCAUCAUAAGUGUAUGAUGAAAGAACAGACAAACGAAGAUCGUGUUCACAAAAUGACGAUACCGUUUGUAAUGGGAUAAA